AGUGCAGCAGCAGUAGCACUAUUUCCACCCCUCACUGACUGGAGAAACGACAGUCUGCACUGGUAAAGGAUGCAACACCGCCACCGCCGCUCCACUCCCUCGCUGACCAGGUGUUGGACUAAACAACAGGGACGUCGUUAACAGCAGCAUAUCUUGCAUGCAUGUGCUGUGUCUCCCUGGUCCCGUACACAGACGAUCGAGAAGAUGCUGAGCCGACUAAUGAGCAGCAGCAUCAGGAGUCUGGACCGGGAAUGCAACUGCACUGUGAGGCUGCUGGACGACUCGGAGUACACCUGCACGAUUCAGCGGGACGCCAAGGGUCAGUACCUGUUCGACCUGAUCUGCCACCAUCUCAACCUGCUGGAGAAAGACUACUUUGGCAUUCGAUAUGUUGAUCCAGACAAGCAGAGGCAUUGGUUGGAGUUUACAAAGUCAAUUGCCAAACAAAUAAAAUCCCAGCCUCCCUUCACUAUGUGUUUGCGUGUCAAGUUUUACCCACCUGACCCCGCUGCCCUAAAAGAGGAAAUCACCAGAUAUCUCGUCUUCCUGCAGGUUAAGAGGGAUCUCUACCAUGGCCGCCUCCUGUGCAAGACAUCCGAUGCUGCUCUGUUGGCUGCCUACAUUUUACAAGCUGAAAUUGGCGACCACGACCCCGGCAAACACCCAGAGGGCUACAGCUCCAAGUUCCAGUUCUUCCCUAAGCACUCGGAGAAGUUGGAGCGGCGGAUUGCUGACAUCCACAAGACUGAGCUGAUAGGUCAGAUCCCUGAAAUAUCAGAGCUCAACUUCCUCCAGAAGGCUCAGAUGCUGGAGACGUAUGGAGUGGACCCUCAUCCAUGCAAGGAUGUGUCUGGGAACCCAGCUUUUCUGGCUUUUACUCCUUUUGGAUUCACUGUGUUGCAAGGAAACAGGAGGGUCCAUUUCCUCAAAUGGGAGGAGGUGACCAAACUCAAGUUUGAAGCGAAGACAUUCCAUGUAUAUGCAAAUCAAGCAGAGGAUAAGAAGAUCAUACUGACAUACUUUGCACCUACACCUGAGGCCUGUAAGCACCUGUGGAAAUGUGGAGUGGAGAAUCAGGCCUUUUACAAGUUGGAGAAGUCGAGUCAAGUCCGCACUGUGUCCAGUAGUAAUCUCUUCUUCAAGGGUAGCCGCUUCCGAUACAGUGGAAAAGUUGCAAAAGAAGUGAUGGAACAAAGUGCCAAAAUUAAGAGAGACCCUCCCGAGAUACACAGGGCUGGCAUGGUGCCAAGCAGGAGCUGUCCAUCCAUCACACACGGCCCUCGUUUGACCAGUGUUCCCAGGACCCGGCGGAGAGCUGUGCACAUCUCCAUCAUGGAGGGUCUGGAGUCCCUCCGAGACAGCGCCCACUCCACGCCCGUGCGCUCUGUCUCCCAUGGCGAUUCCUUCAUGUCUUCUCGAGGCAGCAUGAUGGACAGCAGUGAGGCGAGCACGUCGGCGGUCAUCUCCGACGAGGCCUACAGCCCCUCAGACAGCAUGCUGUCCACACCCGUGGCCGAACACGGGAUGGAGAACCCUCUGGCUCGUCACCUCAACGGGGCUCCCCGCAGCGUCGAUGAUAAAGAGUCAGAGGCCGGAGCGUCGAAGGAGGGCCAGGCUGCAGAGUUUUCAUCUGGCAGGAGAGCACUUCGUAUGGUCAAGAGCAGGCCGGCACCUCCCAGCGACGUGGAGGAGCUGAACAAGUUCAUCCUGAGCGUGCUGCGUCUGUUCCUGGUCACCAUCGGACUGCUGUUCGCCCUGCUGCUGCUGCUCAUCAUGCUCACAGAGUCAGACCUGGACAUCGCCUUCCUGAGAGACAUCCGCAAGACGCCUGAAUUCCAGCAGUUCCACUUUGAAUACUUCUGCCCUCUGCGGCGCUGGUUCGCCUGUAAGCUACGGUGGAUGGGAGGCUUCCUCAUCAGCAAGUGAAGCAGAGACUGAAGGACACAAUGCACUGAUGGAGACAGGACAUACAAAAGAGAGGAGAGAGGAGGGGACGGAAAAGGAAAAGAAUGACAGCCUUUUUCCCAAUAUCAACCCAGCUACUCUUAUAAGGGAUUUCCUGUCACAAGCCAAGGACUGUCCUCUGAAGAGCCUUGUUUAUUAUAUCUGACCAUCACUGCGAGGAAAGGAAAUCACAUUUUACUUUGGAAAUUCAGGUCAUUUCAAGGUAUUUUAUUUUUACACAAAGCCACAGUAACAGGGUUUCAUUUAAAAACACUGAAAGUCUGACAGACUUCACUCAUUCAACCACAGAUAUAGUUGCCUUUAUUUUUAUAUUCAUUUAUAUCCUGCAACAUUGACAGAAUGACCUUUUGUGUUUGGGAGUGUAUUGCAUAACCUGAGAGUUUGAGUGACGUUUUUAGAGCCAGUCUAGCUCAGCUUAUUUAUAUAUUUUAAAGCCAACAUUCAUUAAGCUAGAAUUUAUUAUGGUCACUGAUAAUUAAACCUGCAGUUUUGACUUGUAUCUGGGGGAUAGAGAAAGUGUGAGAUGGAAAACCUUGCAGCACUUACUGAAUGUAGAUCAGACCUGAGUUAAAUUUGCAAAUAAUAAGAUUGGCAACCGAGAGCUAUUUUACCCAGGAGUGAUGUUGGUGCUGUUGAUAAUGUAAAGUAAUAACGUGUCUAGUUUGUGGUCAGACGUCAAAUAACGGUGUGCUCAUGUUCCCAUUUUUGUCCAGCCACUAGAGCACCGAUAACAUUAUUGUCCUAUGACUAUGAUUAACACACAAUUUGUAAGGAUUUAAGUAAGUAUUGGAGGUGGUAGAUUUACCGAUUUUUCUAAAAUAGCAGCCAAAUAAUAGCUAGAUUCAACUUCAGUGUGAAAGAAACAGUCGUCACGUUGCUGUAGUUUCUUUUACAGUAGUUGUGAGCUAGCGCUGUAGUGAUAGUGAAACGUUUGGUUAGUUCUUUGACUCUUUGUUUAUCUUGAUGUGCAAUACUGUUUAUAUCAAUAAAUUAGAGUCUUUACACUUAGGGAAAUUUGAGCUUUAUUUACCUUUGUAAAAAUAAGUGCUUUUCCCCCACAGUGGUCAAAAGAGCUUGUUGAGUGAGGGUCAAUUCACUUUGUUUAGCUAUGCUGUGUUCAAGUGUAUGCUUUUGUCUGUAAAAGCUGAAUAUGUCAGUCAUGUUUCCAUUUUUGUACACAAUCCUGUCCCGUUAACACAGAUUUCCUCACAGUGGCUUUUAAUGGACAUUAUUUUCUACUGUGGAUGUAUAGUUUCCAGCCCUGCUUACAAGAGAGCCUAAGAUAAGUCAUGUUUACGUCCUACUGCUAUCCUCAUCGUCGCACCUACCAAAGAAACCUCUGUUGUCUGGUAUUUGUCUGUUUGCGCCAACAGAUGGGAACUCUGAUAUCCACUCUCCUUCUCCAGCCUUAUUACGUAUGUGUUAUGUCACAUACAAUUUACAGCCCAGGGCAAUCAACAGCUUUAUUUAAAACCAUACAGUUAACUAAUGGUCCUUUCAACAAGUGGUUAAUUAUAGACUGGUGUAUUAUACCCUUAUAAAAUAAUGUUUUAUUUAUGCAACAACAGAAGUGGUUUAGGAUACUGAGGGGUUUAGGAUAUGCAGGCAGUAACGUAUUAAUAUUCAAUUACUUCACAAAACAAUCCACAGGUUGCUAGUAUUUUUGUACAGUAUAAAACAAAUUUAAGGGAAAGUUGGGGAAAUAAUAGUAGUAUUAAUAAUUGUGUGUGUUGGGUGAGUUGGACAGAAAUAUUUACCGAUAGAUUUAUAUAUUUUUUUGCCUUCAUUAGUUAUUUGUGUGUUCGCUUUCACUCAGAAGGUGUUCGCUGAUUUUGAUUGAUUGUGUACGAUGAAAGGCAAGUCAAGGCAAGACCUGUUUUUACUGCAUAUAAUUUGUACUUUAAAGUCUCAUUUUAUGUUCAUGUGUAUGAAAAACAUAAUUUGAGCAAUAAAUAUAACAGAUAAUAUAAUGUUCAACAACCAUAAAGCUGCAAAUGUACACUGCUAUUCGAAAUGGCUUUUGAAUCUCCAACCCUGAAAAAGGUAACCGGCCUGUAGAUGCAUGUGUGAGGGAAUGAUGCCCACUGUUUAUUACACAGGCGUAGGUAACGUUUUCAUGGUAAUCCUGUCUGAUUGUUGCCUAAUCACUGCUCUUCCUUGACUCAUUUUAGAGAAACAGAGUAGAUGCAAAAAUGAUUGUGGAAGUAUGUGUAAAGGAACUGACAGAACACCCAAUUUUUUCUUGACUAUGAAAAGGAUUUAGCAAAAAUGAAGCGAAGCGAUUUGUAUUUUAAGCUCAUUUAAAAACAGCAGAAGUAGCAAAGUCAACACCAGAAUAUUCUCAUCGAACUGCAGCUUAAUACAUAGAUUUUUAAAUUUGUUUUGCUUAAAUGUCUAAAACACUUGAACUAACAAAGUGGGGGCAUGAUGGCUCCAUUGACACGCAGCACUUUUCUCCUGAAUCGUAACCAGGAAUAAGGCCUCCGAUGCGGUUUUACUGUAAGCUUCCUUCCUGUACCGUGUUCCUGCACAUGGAAAUGUCUUUGUAAGCAUGUGUUCUGCAUUUAUUACCUCCAAACAAGACUGCUCAUUUCCAAUCACUGA